GGCGCAAGCCGGCAAGAUGGCGGCAGCUGGAGCUGGCCGUCUGAGGCGGGCAGCGUCGGCUCUGCUGCUCCGGAGCCCCCGCCUGCCCGCCCGGGAGCUAUCGGCCCCGGCCCGACUCUAUCACAAGAAGGUAUCGCUAAUCUGUGAAGUAGUUGUAGAGGAGACACAAAAGGAAUUGGGGGUCACAAAUGGUUCUCACUGACAUGAGUGUAGACCUUUCUACUCAGGUUGUUGAUCAUUAUGAAAAUCCUAGAAACGUGGGGUCCCUUGACAAGACAUCUAAAAAUGUUGGAACUGGACUGGUGGGGGCUCCAGCAUGUGGUGACGUAAUGAAAUUACAGAUUCAAGUGGAUGAAAAGGGGAAAAUUGUGGAUGCUAGGUUUAAAACAUUUGGCUGUGGUUCUGCAAUUGCCUCCAGCUCAUUAGCCACUGAAUGGGUGAAAGGAAAGACGGUGGAGGAAGCCUUGACUAUCAAAAACACAGAUAUCGCCAAGGAGCUCUGCCUGCCUCCCGUGAAACUGCACUGCUCCAAAUCUGCUGUUUCUAACAGAGGAGAAAACUCAGCUUUCUUCAUAAUCCCGUUUCCUGUGUAUUUCUUCACUUCCUGUCUGGAUGCUAUAACUGUCAGGGUCUGCAUCUGUAUAUAUGGCACAACUAAGCCCAGUUGUACAAUGUCCCCCUCUCUGCUAUCCUAAAAAAAAGCUCAGAUGCCUUAAGACUUGUACUUGGCUUUCCAGUUUGGUCUCUGUAUUAAAUCUAAUGCUUUUUCCAUCAUUUCUUAACCUUCUCAGGGAAAGAAGGAAUGAGAAACAUUAGCCUUAAUGCAUCGAUGGAGGUUUACUAACCAAAUUAGUUAAAAAUCAGCAGAGAGUCAGGCCUCUUGCCAGGGUAAUACUCACAAGGAGAAGAGCCAGGUGCCGGGGCAGACACACUAACUCAUUCUUCAGGAAGCCUGGUCAGACCCAAGUUCUUUCCACUUGAUCUGGAAUUUUAAGUACCCAUAAAGAAAGGUCAUCACUUGUAAACAUUUUCACAUGGUUUCAGGAAAUCCCUAACCCUUUUAUUAGGCAUUUUUAGGUACUGAAACCUUUAACUGAUGUUCUCUGCUAUUUGCUUGCUUUCUGCUGUCAUUCCAGCUCUCUUGGUUUUUAUUUUCCCCAUAGCCUCACUUUGAAUAUUGACUCCUAAAUAAAAGUGGUCAAACUCUUGAUCACUAGAGGGUGAUGUGGCAAAUGCCAUCCCAUCAACAGAUUGACAUGAUCUUUUUUCCAAAGGUCAUGUCAACUUUUUAUCAUGAUAUGAUUUUGUCCAAAGCCAGACUUUGAUGGGAGGAGGCAAGAACUAAUAUUUGCUAUGUCCCUACUAUGUGUUAGACAUCUUCCGUAAGUCCCCACACUAUCCUGGCAAGAAAAGCAUGAUUAUCCCAGUUCUAUAGAGUAGAAAGUAGGUUCGAAGAGGCUAAGGAACUAGCCUGGGAUCACAGAUAUUUAAACCUUAGUCUGUCUCCAGGAUUACCCACAGGAGUAACUCAGCUCAGGAAGCAGCUGCUGACCUGCCCGGCAACUCCUCACCCCAGCUUUCUGGCUUGGUUACCCCGUUAGUCCCCACCAGCACCACUUCCUCCAAGCUCUUAAAGAUUCUAUUCCCAAAACCACUUCUUUCGCAUCUAGAAACUUAGGCUUCUUUCCUUCCGUUACCUGUAGUGCUGGCUGAAGAUGCAAUCAAGGCCGCCCUGGCCGAUUACAAAUUGAAACAAGAACCCAAAAAAGGAGAAGCAGAGAAGAAAUGAGCCCUCCCUCCGCGAAGCCUCCAGCAGGCCACACCCCUGUUUCCCACCUGCCGUGCAAUCACCUUAGAUGUUCAGAAGCCGCUCCCUCUCCACUGAAGAGCUAUGAGAUACGCACAAUACUUGCUGUUCACAUUAUGACUCUCAUGCAAGCAAAAUACACAGUUUCAUUGUUCUGAAUCCCGUGGUUUCUUUCAGUCCACUUUUAUCGCCUUAACCUAGUUAAUGUAUAUUUUGAAUUGUGUGUAUGACCUCAGAACUGAAAUUGAUAAGUCGCAAAUGUUGAUAGCCCAUGAAGUGCGUAAGUAUCUAAUUUUACCUGAAUUGAUUUGGAGGGAAAUUACCAGUAGAAUGCCUUUGUCUGAAUAUUUGAUAGAACUAAUUGUUGUACAUAAAACAGAUCUGCAUAUAUAUAUAUAAAAAAUAAUAAAACAAUGGAAGAU